UUGGGAAGUGGGUUAGUGAGUGUAACACUCGUCCCGGUCCGAGGCUGUGGAACAUUUCCGAUUUUGACUUUUAUGCCAAUAUGACGCAGUUGUUGGUGGCUUCAGGUCAUAAAGACAUUAUUUUAAAAUAGGUGAGAGGUGAGACACAACAUGUCCUGGGUCGCCAUUGUCUUAAGUGUUGGCGGCGCCUCGGCCUGAGUCACAUGAUAAGGAGGAGCGGCUGCCUGCCUCGCCGCGCCGUCUCUUCUAGCAGUUCCCCGCUCCCUCACAAGCCGCGCCGCCGCCAUCAUCACCUCCCUCAUCCUGGACAACGGGAAUGGUUUAUGGCUGAAGAGUUUCUGCAAGUUACGGAGGCCAGGGAUUCUCAAAGUUACGUUCCCAUCGUCGGAGAAGCAAACACCCUCGUGAAUGUGAAACUUUUUGCGGGAAUUCCAUAAUGUUUUUUUUUUGAACCGUAAACUUUACUUGAGUCGCAAUAGUCUAGCAUAGUGUGUUGGUUUAUGUGUGCUGGCAGAGCGAGUGUCUAUACCCAGAGUUGUCGUGGACUACCUCAACUCUGUGGCACCUCGUCUGAGUGUCAGCUUCCACCAGUGAGGCUCGCUCGACUCCCCACCAGUGCGAGAGGGAGGGAAGGCCUCCUUCAGGCGGGACUUGCCAAAGAGCGAGGGCAGUGGCCACCCUCACUCACUCACAUUUGCUCUGCGCAACACCAGACAAGACACAGAUAAUUAUAUUUUAUUUUCUUACGUCAAUAUUAACACUGGCAGAAGUAUAAGCUGUUUUUUUAUGGGAUGAAUUUCCGAGAAUAAAGUUUUUGUUAGAGAAUGAAACUACACAUUACAAAUAAUAUUGUAAAUAUACAUUAAUGUUUACGAGGGUAAUAUCUGUGUGAAAAUAUGCACCCACAAUAUUGCUUUGAAAUAUUACUUGGUAAAAGGUGAAAAAAAAACAUUGGGCGGAAAGUGAUAUAAAAUACACAUUGUUCUAGUGAGUGGGUAAUACUCAGUGCCUUGUGUAGUGCCUCAGUGUGUUAUGAAGAGAUAAAGAGAACCAUUUUCAUUUGUGAUAUUACAGUUGUGUUUUUGACUGAUGGUAAUAGUGAAAUAUAUUUUCCUACAAAAGGGUUUACCAAUAUAUAUAACUUCCAGUGAUCAUACUUACAUAUUCCUGAAACUGGUGAAACGUUUUAUAUGUAGAAUAAUCUUAGGUAAGACUGUGAGCAGCUCGGUGUUACUGACGUCACCUGAGGAGUUACCUGUGAACCUGUCUACCACAACAACCGCUUCCUUCACCUGAAAAACCAUCUAUGACUCACCUUCACCUUAACAUCCACCUGGUGACCUACCUUAAACUGACUUAACACCUGAGAACCUAACCUGAAGGACCCGCCUCUACGGGACCUUCACCUGGGCAGCCAUCUUACACCUGUCUUCACCAAGGACCCCCCAAAUACCUUCACGCUGGAUAAGUUAACCACCAAGAUGUCUUCCACUCCGCCUAAGGACUAUAGGCGAGAGAUAGACGCCAUAUACCCGGAGCCUCUGUCUCGUCUGAACCGUGUGGUAGAGCCUCACCCACACUCCUAUAAGCGAGCAAUCAAGAAGAAAAUGAACCGCACUGGACGGUUCCGCACCACUCCAGUUACCUUUGAUGAGAUUAAGGAGGUGGACGAGGAGAGCGAGGUCGGGGAGGAGACGGAGCAGAGUGCAGCCGCCGCCAGCCGCUCCGAGCACGACCUCCGUCAGCAGUUUGAGAAGUUUCUUGAACGUAUGGACAGGAGGAGACCUCACCUACCCAAACUGCCUCAGGGACCGGUGGAGAUUCCUGGCAGGGAGGCCCCGGCCAAGACCGUGAAUGAGGACGAAUUCCCCAAAAACUACAGUCGGAAGGCCAGACCGUCGAUAUGAGCGCCGUCACCUGAGGCCUCGCCCUGUACUGUACAUGCUGUAUACUUGCUUUUUUCCAACUGGUUUAAUAAUAUACGCCGGCCAGGUCAGGGGCGCCCAUUACUACUGUAUCUUGAAGGUCGUUUGGACUGUGAAUAACCACUUGAGAAACUCUUCUGUCUAUUCAAGAAGACUCAAGUUUUUUUUUAUAUAAGUUUCACACAAAGUUUGAGACUUAGGGAACAUAAGGAAAGUCGAGCACCAAGUUCGGGGUCAUACAUAUAUAACGUUCUUAGUCGAGGCUGACGGGACAGUAUGUGGGGAAGAGGAAGGUCAGGUAAUAUGAGGAAGUUCAUUAGUUAUAACUGUGAUAAUUAUUAAUGAUUACAAACUUUGGUAACACUUCAUAAAUGCUUGAAUGACUUUUUAUUUAUUUUUUUUUAGAUUUUAAUAUUUUGUGCAUUAUUUGUGCAGACAGCAAUUUAAUUGGAACGUAAAAAGCGUUUUUCUGGACAUUUUACGUGAUACAGUAAAUCUCUAGUUCAUGUAGACAAGGAUAAAAAUAUUUAAACAAUUCUGGGUUUUACUUAAUGACGUCAGAGGCAUCGACAUUAUAAAAAAAAACUUUAACGCCUUGACUAACGCCAGACGGUUAGAGAGAGGUUAGAUAUGAACCUUCCCAGGCGUUGUGGGAGAACAGACAAGAUAACCUCGGUGAGCGUAAUAAUGUGUACAUCCUCUUAUGAAAUUCUGGAAAGGAUUAAAUAGUCUCAUACAAUUGGAUGAUUCACAAGAACUAAAACAUUGUCUGUUGAUUGAUAAAUUUGCAGUAGUCUAGAGCAUAGGCGUUCCCUACCUACCAAAGAAAUGCCUUCUACAUGACAAGUCCGAGAAGUGCACUAAAGAAUAUGUUUGGUGCUCCAUAUUUAGUUUGUUGGUGUAAACGUUCACCAUACUCUUUGUGGGGGAAUCUUUCAUAUUUUUGUUUUCUAGGAGAUUAAAAUACAAGAUAGUUGCAUUAUUCUAGGUUAGGUAAAGUUAGUUUAGGUAAGGUUAGAUUAGGAUAGGUUUCAUUAGGUUGGUUAGUUUGGUUCAUUUUAUGAAUGUUAAGUUAUAGAGUGUAGUAAUAACUAGUACUUCAGAAAUGGUCAGCAGUUGUCACGAGUUUCCAAGAUGCAUCAACGAUAUAAUUAAUAAUUGGUAAAAUGAACCAAAUUAACCUUUCUUAACCAAACCUAACCUAAACAAACUUAACAUAACCUAACAAACCUCACAUCUAUUAACAAAGUUAUCUGGUAUUUUAGUCUACUAGUAUAAAAAAUAUAUUUUCUAAACGUUCAACACAAGAAAGCAACAAUAGCCCAACAUGACGGACACGGAGAAGCUUGUUGUCACCGUGCACUUCCUGGCCUGUGCUUUAGAUAAGUAUAUAUCCUACAGUUGAUAGUUAAAGUUCGCCAAUGAUCUAGACUACUACUGAACAAAUUAUGUUUUUGCUACUGUUCGAACUCUGUGAAAAUUAUGAAUUUCGUUGUUCCAAGUAAACUAUACCAACAUUUAUUUACCCAAGAGAGGGAAAGCGUGCAUCUUAGUCCCGUUCACUCUUGUCUGUCCGCGAUGAUGCGACCAAACAGCGUGCAUGGCUCUUCCACCACAGUAUGGUGGUAUAAGUUGUCUCUAUGUGAAACUUAUAACGAAACACCUCAUUUUUACUCUUUAGUGCAGUAAACUGUAGAUAAUGCCAAGUGUUAUGGAUGAAACUGACCUAUUUUCCCUAAUAUGAGAAACAGAUACAGUGAAUUACGCCGACAAUGAUACAUAACUUUCAUGCUCCCAUGUGCUUGACCGCGCUCCGCUCCAGCUAGUUUAGUUUAAAGCAUAUUAUUCGUACUUAGGUAGAAAGGCUCUUCUGUAAGAUAUAUCAAGAAGUGGUUUUAUAUAUACUGUAUAUAUAUAUAUAUUUUACAUCUUCCAGCAAAAUUUAAUAACAGAGUCAACAAAAUAAAUCGAUCAUUUGUCUGUUGUCAUGUGUGAGUCAUCGUCAGGUGGUGGCCGCUCACGCACCACCAGAUCUCACCUGUUCCUCCAUAUUUUGUCACACUAAACUUUAUGUUAAAUUUUAUUUCAUUCAGCUUAACGAACUUUUAGAGAUGUAUUCUUAUUUUCAAACAGAAUUAUUUUUAGUAUUAUUUUGAAGUUUGUUUAGCUAAGUUUCUUAAAUCUUGAGAGUUAUGCAGCGAGGGAUGUCUAAGAAUAUGACAAGACUGAACUGUUCACGGUUUAGUUGUAACCUUCUUUACUUCUACAUGACCAAGGCUACAUGACCAAGGCUACAUGACCAAGGCUACAUGACCAAGGCUACAUGACCAAGGCUACAUGACCAAGGCUACAUGACCAAGGCUACAUGACCAAGGCUACAUGACCAAGGCUACAUGACAGCUAUAGACCGGAGUGACUAACACAGUAGUGGUUUUGACACAUUUAGUCAAUGGUAAAAACAACCUCAAUAUUUACACGAUCACCAUGUUCAAAAGUAACGAAAUUAUUACAUUUAUUUAGAGUUACUCACACCAAGGACAUUUAUUUCCUGUACUCAAACUCAUCAUUGAUAAUAAAUAGCAUUACCUGACUUAUAAUGCUGAACUCAUUUGACACAAUCAUUAGUUCCCUUGACCGACCCACCCAGCGAGUCAUCUAGGUGUUUCCCAGCAAAGAAUGAGUACAACAGAGAGCUCUAACACUUGAAAGAAUUAACAGUUAAUUGAAUAUCAAAUUUAGAAAUCAAACUAUCAUUAAGAAAACAGAAACUGAAAUCAAAACAUUACGUCCAGGAGUGACGUUUAGUAACACACGGGGGAUACAUUACUAAAGUAAGGUUAUGUAAUACAUGGGAGAUACAGUACUAAGGUAAGGUUAUAUAACACAUGGGGGAUACAGUACUAAAGUAAGGUUAUAUAACACAUGGGGGAUACAUUACGAUCACUACACAUCACCACUACGUUACCAUUAUACCACCACCACAAGCACACAUUAUCAGCACCACACACCAACAGCACCACACAUCACCAACACCACACAACACCACCACUAUACUACCAUCACACAUCACCAUAUUACUCCAGGUAAACUCAUCACAUGAUAGCAAUAAAAUUUACCUUAAACAGCUGUGAUCUUACACCAGUCAGUUGUGUCAUGGCAUGGCUGAACGUGUUACUCCUGGGAGCUACUGACCGUGGUACAUAAACACAUUUCUCGGGGCAGGGGAAGUUCAGGGGGUGUACAGUAGGUGACCAUGAUAACUACACAAGACGCUGCCAACUCAGUACACCUACAGCGGCUCUUUUCUGGCUUCGUCUGUAAGAGAAUGAUAUAAAUGGUAUAUAGCGUACAUAUAUUAUACACUCAAGAAAUGAAGUAAGGAAACACAGGUGUAUUGAGGGAAAAUAUGAACAUAACGUGGCACUGUGUUAGAGCAGGUGUGAUUUAUGCUAUUUUUAUAUCUUUACGUUAGAUUUGUUUUUCUUUGUGGUAGGAAUGAUUUUGUUUAGAGUUAGCCAUAUGCAGUACCGGUGACUGGCUGGUAGUGUAAACAUCUUCUGAGGCAGCCUCCUAAAUCUCGCCGAUAUUCACCACUUGAAACUGUUAGCCUAAAACAUCAACAGGACAGUAUCUUGGAUGUUAUAUUAAAAUACAGUAAUAUGCCUUCGUUGUAUAAGGCGUGUAGUUCAUGCUAAGUGAGGGUAACAGCUACACACUACCAGCUACGAACAGAACCUAAAUCCAGAUUCUCAGAGAUUCGUGUUAUUGUUUCCCUGGAAGUUAAAAGUGAGUGUCAGUACAAUUUCAAGGCCAUUCUGAGUGUCGUCUUUGUACUGUAUCUAAACUCAAGUAAACCAAUGUAUGCAUUUUCAUAACUCCAAAGAGGAAGAUUUUUAACACUCGAACCUUUGAGGAUGGUGACCAGGUGAGUGGCUGACUGGGGCUGAAAACACAACGAACACCACAAAAUUAUUAGAGUAUUAAACUUAUACCAUUAUUUAUUGUACAGAUGUAAAAAAAUAAAUGAGUGGUGUAACUUUC